GGCUAGAUGGCUGUGAAAGUACAUUGUGUCGUCUGCUAACAGUGAAGUGUAAAACAUAGUAAACAACUCGAAACCAUAUUAUUUUUCCAAGAAUCAAGAAUUUUAAUGCAAUCAUUAUGAAGUUAACCAUCUUGGCUGGAAUAAUCUGCUUUUUGGUCUGUGGAGAUGCCCUUGAAAAUGGAUUAGCUCGAACUCCUCCCAUGGGAUGGCUUGCAUGGGAAAGGUUCCGUUGUAAUACAGACUGCAAAAAUGAUCCAGAAAACUGCAUUAGUGAAAAACUAUUUAUGAAGAUGGCUGAUAUCAUGGUAUCUGAAGGAUAUUUAAGUGCUGGUUAUAAUAUAAUUUCAUUGGAUGAUUGUUGGCUUGAUCAUAAUCGCUCAGAGAGUGGGCAACUCCAAGCUGAUGCUUCUAGAUUCCCUAGUGGAAUCAAAGCACUUGCUGACUAUGUUCAUUCUAAAGGUUUACAAUUUGGAAUGUAUGAAGACUAUGGAACUCUUACUUGUGGAGGAUAUCCAGGGAUUCUCAAUCAUUUAGAAACAGAUGCCAAAACUUUUGCUGAAUGGGGAGUUGAUUAUGUUAAACUUGAUGGAUGCUAUGCAGAUCCUUCUGAAAUGGAUAAAGGUUACCCUGAAUUUGGUACUCUUUUGAAUCUUACUGGUAGACCCAUGGUGUACUCCUGUAGUUGGCCGGAUUAUCAGCUUGAUAAAGGAAUAAAACCUAAUUAUACCUUCAUUGGAACUGUUUGUAACCUUUGGCGAAACUUUGACGACAUCGAUGAUUCGUGGGUUAGUGUGUCGAGCAUCAUUGAUUAUUAUGGUGAUAAUCAAGACACGCUGAUCCCGGUCGCUGGACCUGGUCAUUGGAAUGAUCCUGAUAUGCUCAUUAUUGGCAAUUUUGGUUUAAGCUUUGAUCAAUCACGAGCACAAAUGGCCAUGUGGGCGGUUUUAGCCUCACCACUCUUUAUGUCUGUCGAUUUGCGAACAAUUCGACCAGAGAUGAAAGCAAUACUUCUCAACAAAAACGUAAUUGCCAUUAAUCAGGAUCCAUUGGGCGUUCAAGGCAGACGUAUUUACAAGAAAUCCGGCGUUGAAAUUUGGAUAAAGGGUGUUGAGCCCAGCUUAGGAGCUGAUCGUUCUGCCGCAGUUGUUUUCCUUAACCAGCGUACAGAUGGAACACCAACUCGAGUAUCUGUGAUAUUGCGUGAUAUCGGCCUUACUUCUUUGUUCGGUUACAACGUAGAAGAGCUGUUUGAUGAGAAGAAUCUGGGCGUCUACCGCCCUGAUGACAGUCUAACCGUCACCGUUAACCCUUCUGGUGUUGUGAUGAUUAAAUGUACGGUACAAACAAAGGAGUCGCUUAUUUCAGAAGCCGAUUGGAACGAAGACAAUGCUCUCUUCUAAAAAAAAGGUUUAAUUCCUAAUAAUCUUUUACAUUCCUUAGAUUUAAAAAAAAGCACACAAUUUUUGAUUAUGUCAGAUCUGACGCACUUGUUAAAAAAUAUACACGAGUUUUGCGAUACUGCCAAUCAAA